AUGCCAGUCUACAGGGCACGAUUCUCUGAAAUAACUGGCUCGGCUGUAUGGCGUGCGUUGAACAAUCUUGACCAUAUUGACCAGCGUAUGGUGGAUGCGGUUGAAUGCAGAUCUGAACUCGAUCUAAGAAUUGGUGCAGCAUUCACGCGUCUUCAAACACUUCAUUUACGAAGUAAUUUCGCGAAUAUAUUUCGUGAAUUCAAAGACAUAAUCAGUUAUGGUUCUUGUCAGUUCCCGACGUUGGGUUUUGUCGUUGAACGCUAUAAAGCGAUACAAGAAUUUAUCGUUGAAACAUUCUGGAAACUUGUGGCAAAAGAUAGUCGUUCGGGGAUUGAUGUUACGUUUGAAUGGGAUCGGAAUCGUUUGUUUGAUCGAGACGUUGUUCAGGUACUAUUGGAUAUGUGCAAUGAGGCAUCUGAGACACGUGUUACAUCCGUGAAACAAAAACCAAAAAGUAAAUGGCGUCCGGCUGCAUUGGAUACCAUCGAGCUUGAGAAAUUGGCUGUUCGUAAACUUCAUAUGAGCGCCAAAGAUGCGAUGGCCGUUGCUGAGAAACUUUAUAGUAAAGGUUACAUCUCGUAUCCACGUACUGAAACGAAUAAGUUUCCAGCGAAUUUAGACUUGAAUCCACUCGUUGAUCAGCAAACAGCUAAUCCUGAAUGGGGUGAAUUCGCACAAGAGUUCGCAUCUCCAAAUGAAUUGGUCGGUUAUGAAUGGUCUAUUUAUGAAUUAGUUGUACGUCAUUUUCUGGCGUGUUUAUCAUCGGAUGCUAAAGGACAAGAAACUAAAGUUCAGAUCGGAAAGGGUGGUGAAAGUUUCACUGCAACUGGAUUAUUAGUUGAGGAUUAUGGGUAUUUGAGAGUGUAUAAGUACGAGAAGUGGAGCGAUAAAACGUUGCCUCAGUAUCGUGAAGGGGAACUUCUGAAGGAAUGUAAAGUAUCGAUGAAUGAAGGGCACACACAACCACCGAGCUUGCUUAAUGAAGCUGAUUUGAUAGCGCUGAUGGACAAAUACGGUAUUGGAACGGAUGCAACGCAUGCGGAACACAUUGAGACGAUAAAGGCAAGACGGUACGCGGCGUUGAAUCAAGAUAAACGAUUCAUUCCCGGUUAUUUGGGUUUGGCGCUGGUGGAUGGCUACGAUCGCAUGGGUUACGCAAUGAGCAAACCGCAUAUGCGCGCUGAUCUCGAAUCACAACUCAAACUCAUUUGUCUUGGACAACGCAACAAAGACGAGGUGCUCGCCGAACAAACGGAACGAUAUCGACGCAUUUUUGAACAAAGUGAAGUGAAGAUUGCGAUGUUGUCGAACGCAUUCCGAGAGUAUUUGAAUUCAUCGCAGCGCAAUCAGCAACAAGAAUUCAAUGCCUCAGACGCAGUCCACAAUCCGUUAUCGUCGUUAACCAACGCAGCCAUCAAUCAGCAGUCUGCUCGUCGUCGUGGCAAUACCAAUACCAAUAGCAAUAGUCGAGGAGGUGCCGUGCGAAGAUCAAGACAGUCUGGUGGUAAUACGUCUCGAGGAAGGGGUACGUCGAGAGGCGCUAGUCGUGCAGCUGAUACCGUUGCUCAACAGCCACAAGAAGCGUUAACGAAUAUGAGUGAUGUGGAACUUCUGAAUCAAUUGUCGAUAGUGAACACCGGUCAACCGGUAAGGCGUAACAGGGUUAAUAGAGAUACCAACACUAACGCCCCAUCAACAACCACUGACGCAAAUACACCCGCAAACACAAAAUUAUGUUUUUGUGGUGAACCUGCACAACGUUUGCAAGUCAAGAAAGAGGGACCGAAUCAUGGUCGUUGGUUUUGGACUUGUAAAAAGCACCGAACGGAUCCGGCUCAGUGUAAGUUCUUCUCAUGGGAUGCUCCCACGUAA